AUUGUUUGUACCAUUGCGCCUUACUAAAUAACAGUUUCAACUGAAUACAUCAGAUAGAGUAAUUCUGAGAGUACCAGGAUCAGUGAAGAUAUUUUGGUCAACUCUUGGACUUGAAACAUUAUUCUUUAUCUGAACAAUGUCAAGAUACAAGGAAACAGCUGGAAUCAGUAUACGAUGCUUUGUAGAAGAAACUCUUACGGUAACAGUCUUGCUCAUGAAUUUAAAUGGACCUGCACCUGCAAAUGGACCAGAUGAUAACGGUAGACCUGCACCUGACAGGAGGAGGGUGGAAUUUUCAAACAUUGUAAAUGAGAAGAAGCCAAACGUUGUGUUUUUACAGGAGUUUUCAUUGAAGAACAUUCGCGGUGCAAAAUGGAAAAAUUACCCACUGCCGGAGAAGUAUAAAAAAAUAGGAGAUAAAGAAGCGUGUAUAUUGUAUGACAGUAAUCUGUUCCAUGAUCCUGAUGACCUUGAUGAUACUGAUUUCACACAAACUAACAUUAGAAAUAUUCUGUCUGAACUCAGGAGAACAUCAAACAACAACCUUGGUGAGCCUUUCCAGACAGACUUCACUCCUUUUCCAAGAAUGUGCUUAACUAUAUUAAAGACAAAAACAUAUCCUACACUGAAAUUCAUCUGCAUUUCCUGGCAUGGGUGGUAUUCAAAAAUGUCUGUGGAUAAGAGAAGUCAAUUCUUUGCGUACUUAUUAGAGUUUCUUCGACAAUUCAAAGAAAAAUACAAUCUGCCAAUGCUUAUAGCUGGUGACUUUAAUGUCAAAAUUGAAGAAAUUGAAGAUUUGGUGGUGCCACCAUUUAAACUAUGCAAAUAUGAACCUUCAGAGAGACGAGAAAAAAGAGUCAUUGACUUCUAUAUAAUUACAGACGAACUUGAUUUAGGAUAAAUAAAGCCAGUGAUUUUGAACAAAGCAGAAGAAGCAGUUCUUGACCACGAUCCAAUCUUAGCAACCCUUAAACAAAGCGCCACUACGAGAAAAAGAAACCAUAGACCAGGAGAUUUUAUGGUAGAAAGAAGCCAUAGAUCAGUAGGUUCUAUGGUAGAAAAAAAACAUAAAUUAGGAGAUUCUAUGGUAGAAAGAAACCAUAGAUCAGGAGGUUCUAUGGUAGAAAAAAAACAUAAAUUAGGAGAUUCUAUGGUAGAAAGAAGCCAUAGACCAGGAGGUUCUAUGGUAGAAAGAAAACAUAGAUCAGGAGGUUCUAUGGUAGAAAAAAAACAUAAAU